AUGGUGACAACCCGCUCGGGCUCCAAGACGGCGGUCUCGCCGGCGCCCAAGGCCUGGUACCACGCGCCGGACCGGACGACGCUGCUGUGGUUCGCCGUGUCGCUGCCGCUGGUCAUCUGGGACAGCAUCUACGUGCUGGGGCGCCCGCACACCAUGGAGGGCGGCUUCCUGCACUGGCCGCUGUGGGCGCCCUACAAGCUGUACGGCGAGGUCGACCACGUCUACGGCUGGAAGGCCUUCAACGCCCGCAACGGCUUCACCUCGGCCCAGGGCUCCCUCAACGUCGUCGAGACCGCCAUGUACCUGGCCUACCUGUACAUCUACUUCGCUCGCGGCCAGCCCCUCGCCGGCGCCGGCGCCGGCGAGAAGAAGGUCCUCACCGGCCGCCCGGCCGGCCUGGCCGUCGUGCUCGCCUUCAGCGCCGCCGUCAUGACUGUGAGCAAGACGGUGCUCUACUGGGCCAAUGAAUACUACUCGGGCUUUGACAACAUUGGCCACAACACCUGGCAGGAUCUUAUUCCUCUCUGGAUUAUACCCAACGGUGCCUGGCUUAUCUUCCCGACUUACAUGAUCUACGUCAUGGGAGGCGAGAUCAUCGAUGGGCUGGCGGCUGCUUCAGGCGGCGUCAAUGUCAAGUCGGAAUGA